CAAGGCUCGCAAUCGAAGCAAGUUGGAAUGAUCUUUUGGUACUCCUUCUCAACUCUUGUAUUUGCCCAUAAAAGUGCAGAAGAGAAUCUCUUGAGCAACUGUCAAAGUUUCUCAAAGUUGGCUUCCAUGUUAACAGUUCAACAGAUUCAAUUGAUCUCAAGAGAGGAUUAUGUAGAUUAUCAUUCUUGUUUAUUGUUCCCAAGGGCAAUUAGCAACUUAAAUUUUGAAAGUCCCAGGCUAAAGCCAUACCAAUCUCCAGAAGAAUAUGCCAAUGCUUUAAGAAGGGGAAGUAAGAAUGGUGGUGUGUCAGCCAUUAUCGAUGAAAUACCAUACAUUAAAGUAUUCCUUGCCAAUACUCUGCUGUUUGUUCUUUCUUUAAUUUGCAGCAAUGGGUGUUCAUUGUCUUAUGUUAACUUAUUGGUUUUCCCUAAAGGUUCACCCCUGGUCCAAGACAUAUCAAGUGCAAUUGUGAGGCUAAGAGAGGAAGGAAAGCUGCAGAUGAUAGAAAAUGCAUUGUCUAACAGUGAGUCAAGCUUUUCAAACCAGGACUCUACAAGUAAUCCCAGCAGUCUAAACCUUGAUAGCUUUGGGGGUUUGUUUCUUGUAACUGGGAUCUCUUCAACUUCAGCUCUACUGAUAUGGCUAUAUCAAUAACGUCAAUCCAUGACAAUCAGCAAUUUCAAAUUCUACCUAAACAGUAGCUUGGAGUUUACAAAAGAGUACUUCAAUUAGUCUUUAAAAGAAAUUUAUGACACAAAGCUAAAUUUUUUAUCAUUAUGCUAUUGUGUACAAAUUGUAAGUUUUUCUACUCGUUAUAUUGAGUUUGUAAGCCCUCAAAUUUAAUGACAGUAGGGUUGUGACUCUAUUCAAUGUAAUCUUUUUUAUUUUUCAAAUUUAUUGUUUAUUUUUAUAU